GCCCGGUGAUGCCUGCAGCGCCCCUUGGACUCCAAGGCUUAGCUGCGCCGCGGAGUCCGUACCGCGACCCUGGAGAGAAGAGCCGCGAGGAAACGCUUCCAGUUAUGUCAAGAUGGCUACCUCCAUAUCGCAACAGCUCGAGGAUUUAUUAAACCCAUUGCCGAAAUUUGCUGACCCCGAGGACGACCAGGAUGAAGAAACGAAAGCUAAGCUAAUAGAGAAAUUUGACGAGGGCGAAAAUGAUGACGAAGGUGAGGCUAUCAGCAGGCUGCGCACGCAUGCCUCGGCCCCUCUGUCCGAAACGGACCGUCGGUACCUGGGAAAGGCGACGUCACGAAAGCAGCUCCAACAGGACUCUGAGGAUUCGGGAGAUGAAGAAGAAGAUGAUGAAGAGGAAAUUGAUGAAGAUGACGUUGAAGACAACGAGCUGCAGGAUGAAGAAGAGGAGGAGGAAGAGGGAGAUGAGGGGGGAAGUGUGGAAAGCGACGAGGACAGCGUCGCUCAGAUGAAGACGCUGGUGACGAAGAUGAAGGGGACGGACAUCGCCUUCCCCUCGGAGACUGACCUCCUCAAGCUGACCGAGGGGAUGGAUGACCUCGGAGAGAGCGAGGAGGAGGAGGAGGAGGAGGAGGAGGGGGAGACCGAGGAAGAGGACGGGGAUAGUGAGGAGGAUGAAGAUGGGAGCGAGGAAGACGAUGACGAAGAGGAGGAGAUGCAAGCUGACGAUGACGGAGCUGUGCUGACGUUUUCCAAAGAAAAGGUCAGCGAUGAGGUGGAGAAGGGGAAAGCAGUGAAAAAUCAGCUUGCUCUCUGGGACCAGCUGCUGGAAGGACGAAUCAAACUUCAAAAAGCUCUGCUGACGGCCAAUCAGCUUCCCCAGCCGCCCGCCUUCCCAGAGUUCAAGAGGAGAGGCGGGCCAGAGUUUGCAGGAGCCUUGAAGAACAGUCACAAAGCGCUGAAGGCCCUGCAGAGGUCCCUCCUGGAGCUGCAGGACCAGCUUCUGCACCAGACCCCCGACACCAGGGCCAUCGCGCGGGGCCAGGCCCCGGGGCCCCACAGUGAGGAUGAAGAAGUGAAAAGCGAUGAGGAGGAAGGGGAGGACCUGGACCUGGACCAGGAGGAGAAAAGGCCCCCCAAGCGCAAGCUGGAAAUGUCAGAGUACCCCGAAUUCAUGGCCAAGCGCUUCGCUGCUUUCCAACCGCACCGUGAUGCCACUCUGCAGAAAUGGCACGACAAGACCCGCCUGUCCAUGGGGAAACUGGGCAAGGGCUUUGCGGCUUUCGACAGGAACAUCCUGACGCAGGUGGAGCAGGUGCUGAUGGACAAGGAGAGGCUGCUCCGCCGUACCCGCACCAAGAGGUCAGAGUACCGCGUCCUGGGCCGGGCGGAGCCCACCGCCUCGCCCCCGGCCGAAGCCACCACGGAUGAGCAGGAGGAGGUGGCAGUGAGGGCCAAUGCACAUCUCAAAGACUUGGAUGAAGAAAUCUUUGAUGACGACGAUUUCUAUCACCAACUCCUGCGAGAGCUCAUCGAGAGGAAGACCAGCGCGGCCGACCCCAAUGACCAGGUGGCCAUGGGGAGGCAGUGGCUGGCCAUACAGAAACUGCGCAGUAAGAUAAAGAAGAAGGUGGACACCAAGGCCAGCAAGGGCCGCAAAGUCAGGUUCCAGGUGCACAGUAAGCUGGUGAACUUCAUGGCUCCUAUUGACCACAGCUCCAUGAGUGAUGAGGCCCGGACGGAGCUGUUCCGCUCACUCUUCGGGAAGAACUCGGCUUUCGAUGGAGUUCCGCGGGAGUGAGAUCCCAGGAGGAUGUGACUGGAGCUUCCUGAGGCCAUCGGAGCAGGAAGCAGGAAGUGCAGCUGCCGUCCGCUUCCUGCUAACCCCUCUCAGGCCCCGCCCCUUCCGCUAGACUUGACCCUGCAUUCAGGACUGCCUGGAGCGAGGACUCGGUGAACUACGACUCCCACAAUUCCCUACAAACUUUUUGGGCUGAAAGGACUCGAUGGCACAAUUCUGUUGCUACAACGUGUACGCGUUUGUAGCUUCAUUAGUCUCAGAGAUCCAACAUUGUCGUGUUUAACACCCCGUGAAAGACUUACUCGAUGGGCGCUGAUGAAUAGACAAGUCCUCCUCGAUCCCACAAGGCCUAGCUGUCUUGGCAGCGCGCACCGCGUACGUUCCAGCGCAUCGAACGCCAAACCGCCGCCGCUGAACAACACAUGACCGAGCGCGGGGAAAAAACGUUCUUGUCCAAUCUUAAUUUUUGUACCAUUUACGAACAUUGUCUUAAAAGAAUAAAAAAAAAAACGACAAAAGAGCAAACAUGACGUAACGUGCAUUGUCAUUCUUUAUAAUUCUCCCCGCGCACUCCCGUUCCUCAACACUCGGAGAGCGGUAUUUGGAGACAAACAGCUCCAUCGUAGCGCGUCUGUAAUUAGCCGCGGAGUCGGCGGGGCCGUGGAGCCUCCAUAGAUCAGCGGGGGCCCUGAGGGAGGCCGGCGGGAACGAGCCAGCCGCAUUUCCAAUUAUUGUGUUGAAUUGCUAAUUUAGUUAUUGUGCCUCGCGUAAUUGUGAUGGGUAUUGGGUGUGCGAUUCAAUUUGUUUUAAAUAUUUGUGGGCUGCUGGAUUGGUAAUGGGGCUGACCUAUCUAGCAGCCCCGCUAUGAAAGUAGGGAGACAAAAACAAAAGGGAAGAGACUACAAAGAUUCCCUCCCUCCCGUCCCCCCCCCCCUCUCUCCUUGCCUACCCCCAUUUUAAUUUUGAUCUGCCUUCUUAUCCCUCUUAAGACGAUUGAAGUUAAAAAGCUUGAAAUGUAAAAAAAAAAAGAAAAAAAAAGAAAAAGAAAAUAGCUCUUUGAUCAUCUGUGUGUGGAAAGCAUCAAGCAUUAGGCGGGAGGGAGGAUAUUUAGGACUCUGGUUAUCAGGCAAGUCCCCCCCCCCCCCACAAUAUUGCAGCAAGGAGCACAGCGUUGGCUUGUGAAGGUAAUCUGGUCUGCUGUGCUGUGGCAGGAUUACCCCGAUGUUGGAGUCUUUGCGAAGAAGCCUUGUACGACCAAGUUAGUUUGAACACUGUAUCACAUAGUUCGUAGCGCAGUGAGUAUUGCAUAGCUUCUUUUGCACGCUUUGUCACUCACGGUAACUGCACGGAAACAUGGCCUCUCUUCAGAAGCAGCAACUAUAGAAACUAAGGCUGGUUUUUACUGGGUUCCUUUAUCAGUGCAUGACUUGAGUGACCGCAACGCCAAACACAUUUUAAUAAGUUGACCCCUGAUAAUGGACAGGCCUAACUACGGUUGACGGUUUCUGAGCCACCAUUUCUGCCUCAGACGUUGGAAUGGUGAGGAUUCUGUGCUGUGGAACAACAAUAUCUUCUUUAUGACAGGGAUGUAGGUAAUAACAUAAUCACAUCACACCUAAAUACCCCUGCAUCUACUCUAAGAGGACUACCUCUUACCCUUUGACUGACGCUACCGAUAGCAAUGGCGAAAACUUUAUUGGAUAUAAACACAUCAACUGAAAGUGAAGAACCUAGCGAACAAUAUGAGGUUAUGUAUUUUGCUUCCACCUCGAUUGUAGCUCCUGGAGUCAGGAUGACAAGAACCAGCCUUGCAAUGCAGGUCAUAUUUCUCAAAUAAUCGUCACAACUCGGACAUUAAAUUAAUUCUUAGGUUCUCCCAUCUUGUCAUUAUAGUCAUGAGCUGAUUAAAAUGACUCGAUACAAAACGCGCACUAAGUGCUUCGCCCGUUGGUCGGUGUAUGGUGAUUUAAUGUCAUCUGCCACACUGCAAGUUUGUGUCCAUUUUAAUUAGCGUUCCAUUGAAAUACAGGGUAUUUACCUCAGAACUAAAUAUGCAGUGUAUAGCACGUCGGCAAGUGAAUUUCAGCGUCUUAGCGAUUACAUAUAUUUUUGGCCACUUGAAUAGGCCACCUGUGACGCCACUUAAUGGCAUACUAUGCAAGAUUUUUACCUUUCCUGGCUAGCUAGCUAUUGCAAUUGUGGAGGCUAUGAAGCACAAGUACAGAGAACCGACAUGACAAGACGAAAGAGCUCAUUUAAAAACCAGUCAACCUUGGAAUUGCUUUUCCUCGAAGGCAACCGCGAUAUGGAGAUAUAGCAAUUAAAAACAAUAGAAAAAGUAAAUAUAAAAAUGGAGAUGAGUGGGUGGGGUUGAGGAUGCAGAAGGAGGCUUUUUUGAUUGUAAACACAGGACCACAACAAGGAGAAAAAUCUUGCAUAGCAUGUCUUCAAAGGUCCCGUGAUAUUAUUUUUAUUUUAUGUCCUGAUAUCCGUAACAUAAGACAUCUCUAUCCUGAUCUACCUGUCCAUUCUCCACCCCCUCUCAUGAGCUUUACCAAAAACAGGCUGUUUUAGUGACUGUGCCUUUAAAUGUACAAUAGGUAAUUUAGGUAGUUUUUACAGUCGAGAGGAAUUGCAGCAACAAACACCCUCAAACCACAACACUUUAUACUCCCCCGCCCCCCACCACGCCAUUGGCUGUGGCUAUUAGAACCCAUCUUCAGCCAAUGAGCUUGAAGUAUUUUACAGCUAUACAAUGUGUCAGUCCAUGUGUCCAUUCGACAUCUGGAACCUUGCCGUGUGGUAUGUGGGACGUCCUGAAAGUAGCCUGAAUGAGAUGUCUCCUCUGGGCACCUCACUUUUCAUUUUAGUCACUUUAGUUUCCUCUCUACACCUCACUUUUCAAUUUCAUUUAAGGUGAGUUAGACGAUAUCUUUUCCCAUUUAGCAAUAUUCAGUCUUGGUCAAGAUCAGCAAUCAGCAGACACAGACCAUCUAAUGUAAAUGUUUAUUGUCCGGAGAGCCAAGAGUGACAAACCUAUUUCAACAUAAAAAAUAUAUAAAAACACAUGCAUUGUAAAAUAUGUGCAUCCUUGAUUAUGAUACCUCCAUUAGCCAACAAAGUUUCAUUCAUUUAUUUUUUUGUAUGUUUUCUGUUUUUUUCAAUCUGAAUAGAAAAAAUAUGUUCUGCUUUUUUCAGUUUUUGAACACAAUGGUCAUAUUUUUUAUUAUCUUCCAGUAAAAUUGAUGUUUUAUUACCACAUUCUAUAUCCACCUGAGUAGGACAUUUAGGAUAGUUUUUUCACUGUUUAGGCGUAAGUAGCAGACUACAUUAGACUACAGUCAUUUCUGCUGAAACAUAUUUUUCAUUAUGUUUGAACAAAUGUUUCUAGCAAGUUUUAAUCAUUUUGUAUCACUGCAGUUGUUGAAUAUACAUCCUUUUGCAUUGCAUGUGAAUUAAAAUAUUACAUUGCAGUAUGUAACAUAUUUUUUUUUCAAUUUGACAUUCUUUUUUUUCACCAUUUUCAUCACCAUGGUUCUAAAAUAAACAUGAAUGCAAUUA